UCUUCCCAGGAGCUGAGUUGGGGGGCGGGGGGAGUGAGACCAGUGCGGGUGUCGCUUCCCCCCCUUUUAUGGCUUCUUCCAGCUUGCGGGAAAGGUCCUUCGCUCUGAGUCCCACAGUGCUCUCGCCGAGAGGUUUCCACGGACCUGGUUCCUGGGUGGUUGCCGAGUGCCGGAGCCGCCUGCUGCAGGCAGGGUUCCGGGAGCUGAAGGAGGCUGAGCACUGGGACAUCCAGCCCGAGCACAAGUACUUCGUGACCCGGAACUACUCCACCCUCAUCGCCUUCGCCAUCGGGGGCCGGUACCAGCCUGGCAACGGCUUCAGUCUGAUCGGCGCCCACACGGACAGCCCCUGCCUCAGGGUGAAGCGUCGCUCCAAGAGAGGCCAGGUGGGCCUGGUGCAGGUGGGCGUGGAGACCUAUGGAGGUGGGAUUUGGAGCACCUGGUUCGACCGGGACCUGACUGUGGCUGGGCGAGUGAUCAUAAAGGAGCUGACUGUGGGGCGGCUGGAGCAGCGGCUGGUGUGGGUGGAGCGGCCUGUCCUGCGCAUCCCCCACCUGGCCAUCCACCUGCAGCGCAACGUUAACGAGAGCUUUGGGCCCAACACAGAACAGCAUCUGGUGCCCAUCCUGGCCACUACCAUCCAGGAGGAGCUGGAGAAGGGGGCGCCCAAGGCUGGGGCUCCUUGUGCUGCUGAUGCGCAGACAGAGCGGCACGCCCCCGCCCUGCUGUCCCUGCUCUGCUCCCAGCUGGGCGUGAAGCCGGAGCAGAUUGUGGAGCUGGAGCUGUGUCUGGCAGAUACGCAGCCAGCAACAUUAGGCGGCGCCUUUGACGAGUUCAUCUUCUCCCCCCGCCUGGACAAUCUGCACAGCUGCUACUGCGCCCUGCAGGCCCUGAUCAACUCCUGCGAGGCUCUCGACUCCCUCUCCCAGGAGCCCAACGUCCGCCUGAUCGCGCUGUACGACAACGAGGAGGUGGGGUCGGAGAGCGCGCAGGGCGCUGAGUCUCUGCUGACAGAGCUGGUGCUGCGCCGCAUCUCGGCCACGCCCCAGAACCUGACGGCCUUCGAGGAGGCCCUGGCCAAGUCCUACCUGAUCAGCGCUGACAUGGCCCACGCCGCACACCCCAACUACCUGGACAAGCAUGAGGAGAAUCACCGGCCAGCUUUCCACAAGGGCCCCGUGAUCAAGGUGAACAGUAACCAGCGCUAUGCCUCCACGGCCGUCACCGAGGCGGUGAUCCGGGAGAUCGCGGGCCGCGUCAACGUCCCCCUGCAGGAGUUCAUGGUGCGGAACGACGUGCCCUGCGGCACCACCAUUGGGCCCAUCCUGGCCUCCCGCCUGGGGCUGCGAGUCCUGGACAUCGGCUGCCCACAGCUGGCCAUGCACUCGAUCCGCGAGAUGUGCUGCACCUCCAGCGUGCUGCAGAGCAUCACCCUCUUCCAGGCCUUCUUCAGGCUCUUCCCAGAGGUGAGCCGCAGCCUGCUGGCGGACUGAGCAGCGGGGGGGCUGCCAGGCCCUUCCUGAGCCGCCCACGGGGCGAUUAAAGUGCAUUCACCAUUCA